AUGUUUCGGCCCAAAUGCGUGGCUGCGACGGUGAAACCGAGAGAUGAAUUCAAUGUGGAUGAGGAAGGAUCACAAGGAAUUCAUGCCGAGAGCUUCUACAGGUCUCUUCAAUGGACCGCAGAUGGGACGAGCCUGAUCGCUAGUCCCGCGGACAACUCGAUUCACACCUUGAUUGUGCCACCUGAUCUGUUAGAGGAAGAGAAACAGCCGCACAGCCUGCCUCCAUAUUGCACAAUUCCAGCAAAUGAGCCAGUCAAUGCUAUUGCGGCAUAUCCUUUCUUCAACCUUGAGGAUGUUAGCACUGCUUUGGUGCUAUCAUCACUACGAGACCAUCCAAUUCGGCUGAAUUCUGCCUUGUCAGGACAUCUUGGAGCCUCUUAUCCGCUGCUCAACACCAUGACAGAAGCUUUCAUCAAUCCACAUUCCCUGACUUUCACACCCCAGGGAGACCGCUUCAUCGCUGGAUCGGACUCAUUGAUCUCUGUUUUCGAUCUUUCACGACCUGGACAGGAGCCCAUUUCCUCAUUGCCGACUGGUCCGAAACGGAAAACGACCGAGUACAGUCCAGCUGUCAACAUGCGCGGUAUCGUAUCGGCAUUGGCAAUGGACAAUUCCACCGGUCUGCUAGCAGCUGGUACAUAUGGUCGGCAAGUUGGACUGUACAACGCUAUGGGCCAGGCCGAGUGUGUUGGAGUGUUUUCGGUCCAGGGGACGGCAGCUGAUACAGACAUUGGUGGCGGAGGAAUAACACAGGUCACCUGGAGCCAAGAUGGGAGAUACCUCUACAUCGCGGAACGGAAGAGCAAUGGGGUCGUCAUCUACGACAUCCGCAAGACUGGGCAGUUACUGGCAUGGCUCGAAGGUCGAAAGGCACAGACCAAUCAACGUUUGGGAAUCGAUUUAGUGACAAGCGAUGAUCAAGGUGGACAAGAGAUAUGGGCUGGUGGACUUGAUGGUUACGUCAGAAUGUGGAAAGAUCCUCCGCAGCAGGAGGGUUCGGUAUCUCCUGCUUUUGAGUUCAAGGCUCAUGAUGGUGAAGAAUUUGCUUUCCCUGCUAUUGGUACAUUGGCUAAUUGUGGUGCAGAUGCUAUCUCAGGAGUGGGAGUACAUAGUGGAGGCAGCGUCCUUGCUACGGCUUCUGGUCAGCGGCAUUUUAACGUCGGAUUUGAGGGAGAGCAAUCCGUCGAUGUGGUGGUAGAUAGCAGUGUAAAAGUUUGGACACUCUAG